AUGAAGCUCACUUUCGCUACCGUUCUUCUUCCUUCCCUCCUUCACAGCGCUCUGGCAGCGCCUUCCAACGUUGAGCGGGACCUCAACGCAGAGCAACAUGAUCUCGCAGAGAGAGAUUUUGAUAUGAGGGAUGCAAUCCCUCUACAAAAAGACAACGAGAACAUCGGAGACGUCGCCAAUAAUGCCAAUGCCAAUGGCCAAGCUGCGACCCAGGUAGCUGCCGUGAGUGCUACUCAGACCGCCGGCGCCGGCACCGCCCAGAACCCGGCAGCGGUAGAGAAUGGGGCGGCCAAGAAGAAGGGGAAGGGAAAGGGAAAGGCAAAAGCUAAAGGCAAGGGGAAGGGCAAGGGCAAGGGCAAGGGCAAGGGCAAGGGCAAGGGCAAAGGAAAGGGUAAAGGAAAAGGCAAAGGACAGGGUAAUGCACAGGGUAACGGGGCGGCCGCAAAGGGAGCAAACUAG